AAAGCAUUUUUCCGACGAGUGGUUCGUCUCAAUAAACAAUACGAGUGUCCGUCAAAUGGCAAAUGUGUGAUCAGUAUCACGACGAGGACUACGUGUAAACAGUGUCGACUCAAUAAAUGUUUAGCCGUCGGAAUGAAACGGGAAUUCAUACGAAGUGAUGAAGAAAACAAAAUGAGGCGACAAUUGAUUGCAGAAAAUAAAGCUAAACGACGAGAAAAAUACGAUAAAAGUGUGAAUAGUGUGGACACCCCUCCCGAGUUAACCACAAUUUACUCUCAAACUGAAAUCAACAGUGAAUUCUUAAACGACUUAUUUAUAGAUACAGUCAAUACUAGUGAUGAGGAGAUUAACAAACAGAUAACAGAUAGUAGUGUAAUGCCAGAGACGUGUAGUAUCCCAGAAAUAGCACCACAAGACUCUCAAGAACUAGCGAUCGCACCGGUAUUCCCAGUGAUCAACGAUUAUCACUCGUGGAACCAAUUGGAGUCAAUCCGUGUGAGAGAACUGUUGAGUGCAUCCGAUGUCACUGAAGACCCGUUGAGUAAACAUGACUUAACAGUCCAUACAUUUAAGCAAAAAAUAUGUGCGACUGAAACCCGAAUGGAGGACUGGAUUAAAGAUAUGAUAGGUUUCACCAAAAGNUGA